UCCUGCGCACUUGGAGCAGAGAUAGGAGGUGGGGAGGGCCCUCGGGGCGAGCACACCCCUAUUGCCUGUGUCAGAGUAUUUGAGAACAGUGGCCAGCAUUUAGUCAUUCUCCGCGAAUGCUGCACACACACACACUUGUCUGCUUUUUAAAAAAAGCAGUCCACUCUGACUCGCGGACCACUGGAGGAUACAUAUCUGUGUUUUACGCGCGGAGCCGAGGACCACGGGUUGAUCCUGCUGACUUUUAUUGUUCCGUGGAACUUUUUGCGUCGUGACCGCAGGAUACUUUUACGCACAGUUAUUAAACUCUGAAGAAGCAGGACGAUGCCUCGAUCUUUCUUGGUCAAGAAGUACUUCGCCAGACAGAAGCCAAACUAUAGUGAGCUGGAAUGUCAGAAUGACACUUCCCUGGAGAGGUAUCCUUUUGCUGAGCUCUCAUCAGGAGACAUCACCUCUGCUGCCACCUGUUUCACCACAGGUCUGGUGUGGGACCUCAGCGUCCUGCCCACCCUCUACCUGCCUACCUCCCAAACAGAGCCCUCUGCCGCCCCAGGCCCCCUUGACCUCAGCUCCCCGUCCAGCCUGAGCAGCAGUGCCAGCAGCAGUGGAGAGGAGGAUGAAGGCCGCACGUCAGAUCCCCCCAGUCCAGAACCCGUCCACACGUACGCCCCUCGCCAGCGGAUGAAAUGCACCGGCGUCAUUGCUCACGUCAGUCCCCCAGAGGAGGAAGAGGAGCGAGAAGCCCCCGUCACAGCAGCCAGACCGGCCUUCCUCUGCAAACACUGCCCCAAGGAGUACACCAGCCUUGGGGCCCUGAAGAUGCACAUCCGCUCACACACCCUUCCCUGUGUGUGCACCACCUGUGGAAAGGCUUUCUCCAGGCCGUGGCUGCUGCGCGGCCACAUCCGCACACACACAGGCGAGCGUCCGUUCUCCUGCCCCCACUGCAACCGGGCCUUCGCCGACCGCUCCAACCUGCGGGCUCAUCUGCAGACCCACGCCGAGGUGAAGAAGUACCAGUGCGGCGUCUGCUCUCGCACCUUCAGCCGCAUGUCGUUGCUGCAGAAGCACAGCUCCUCAGGGUGCUGCUCCCCCACGGCAUGAGAGGUAACGGAGGAGAGAGACAGAGGGACCCACUCAGAGUUCAGGGGCGGUGGACACAGAGAGGUGGUCUGUACGAGCCCAGCUGGCCUGUUGAUGACCUGCGAGGCCACAAAGAGCGUGAAAUGGCCUGCUUCAAGAGACCUGGAGGGAAUCAAGCCUCAUUUUGGAUAUGACUUUACAGCCUCUUUGCUUCCUUGUUCCAUGACAAAAAAAAGAGCUGAGGAGCAGAUUUUUCUUCUUCCACUCUGAAGUCUCGAGGCUGGACCAAAUCUGAACCGAGCAAUGCCGACACCCACUUGAUAUCAGCCCCUUUGUUGCUAUUGUGCCCAUUCCAAAGACCAAAUAUGUAGCGGUCAUUCAGUCAUUGGGGUGAGAGGUGUUCUUUCCUGUCUCUGUCCUGGUGCCGGCCGACUCAGGAUCACGGCCUAGACACAGCUGCUGAGAGGUAGGGGUGCGUGGGUGGAAUAAAUCUCUCAGCGUGCCUCAAAACACACACCCACCCACAUACACACACAUAAGCAAAUGCACACACAGCUGUCCCUGGUACUGUGGUGUAGAUAGACGAGGUGCUAACAGGUGCUUCAGCCAUGACCUUCGCCGGUUAAUAGCAGGUGACUUCCACUGCCCUUGGUUUGCUUAAGAAGAAAAAAAAAGAGGAAGCAUGUCAUCACAAAAGAAUGGCAUCAGUUAGUCUUUUCAGCAGUGGGGAUCCUUGUUAAGCCUCUAUUUUGACUACAUCCAAACCUCCUCUUUAAUCUGAUGAGUUUCAGAGAUAGGAAAAAAGCCGUUCUGUCUGUUAUUAUCCAAAGAAGCUUCGUUUUGCAGCUCCGCAGAGAUGUGGAUGGCGAAGCCGAGCGUGCACUCAAGGUUACCACAGUGUUAAUACCAGCCAAAGCCAUAUUUUGUAACUUAAAUGAGUUUGUGCCUUCAAAUUGUAUGGAACCAAAAAUGUGCCUUUUAUUUUUUACCUCAGUUAGUGUUGGUGGCUUUUGAAAAACCAUGAUUGCAGUAUUAGUAGAAAUUAGCACCAAAAUGUUUGAAAAUGCAAUAAGGCUGGGACCAAAGAUUUUUUUUAAAGUUUACACCAUGAACCCAUGGUUGCCUAAUAUGUGAUCAUACUCCUAUGAAUGGACAGUACAAAGAUGAAUUUUUAACUUUCCUUUACAUUUUAUGGCAGUGUUUUUAUAGUGCAAUGUGCAGAUGAUGUGUUAUUACAAAUUUGUACCAUGCUUGUGUGUUCACUUCUUUUUCUUGGAUGUUGUAACUGAUACAUUUUCAUUCAAUAAAGUAAUUUAUGUUUAUUAAAA